CCCCCCCCAACACCCCACCAUGUCCAACGAGCGCAAGCCCCCUAUCCUCCGCGAAGUCCCCCGCGCCCAAGUCACCGACCCCAACGUCUUGGAGUACUACAACAAGCUCUUCGGGGACCGGGACCCGGUCAAAGAGCGCGGCACAGCGACCGGCACGCCCGGCGACUGGUGGCCGACGUUUGCGCUCACGCCCGACAUCUUCAAGCACUGCACCGACGGCUUCAAGCUGUACCGCAACCCUGAGCGCAAGCUGGACCCCGUGCUGCGCGAGCUGGGCCAAACGCGCGCCGGCUGGGUCAAAGGCUCGCAAUUCGUCUUCUCGCAGCACUGCAAGUCGCUGCGCGGGCUCGGCGUGUCCGAGGCCAAGAUCCGCAGCAUCGCAUUCUGGGCCGUCGCAGACUGCUACGACGACAAGGAGCGCACUGUGCUCGCAUACACCGACGCGCUGAUGAUGGGCGACGGGCGCGUGCCCCUCGAAGUGUACGACAAGCUCAAGACGUUCAUGGACGACGUCGAGAUCAUGGAGUUUACGUACAUUACAUGCCUGUACGGCAUGCACGCCGUCAUGACGCGCGCACUCCGCCUCGAGUACGAUGCGCGCGAGGACCCCAUUGUCGAGAUUGCGGCCCCCGAGGGCUUCAGCGCCGCAGACUUCCUUGGAGGAAGCAAGAAGCCGCAGCAGCAGUAGGGGUUCUUUCUGCGUGUGUAGUAUAGAAGUGAUGUAUCUGUGUUUGCCUGUGGGUUGUUCG